CUAGCCCAUGCGUCUCAUUAACACUGUGUGUCCAUUUGCGAGAAUGAAAGUCCACGAAUGAAAGAGUCCCUCUCUCUCGUUCACAAAAACGGUGACAAAUGUAAAAUGUAGGCAGAGAUGAGCCAUGAAUGACAAGGCACAGAGGUCCUCACGCCGCCAUUCACGCCAGACCCAUCACGCGUGGGCUCCCACCAUCGGCGGGGGACAGUGGGAUGACUGUUGCUCCCCUCUGGGGCAGCUGGGGCAUCUAUACUGCUCUGGUUGGUCGCCACGCCCAAGUCGACAGGUCCGAACUUGCAAGCCAGCCGCUCCAUGUCUACGUCACGACUAUCCUGCACACACACGCACACACAUACAAACGCAUUGAUUGAGAAACCAGUUGAUGUGAUGUGAUGUGAUGUAUGUGUAUUGUGUCGUCCGCACCCGUAUCUGUCUGGCGCAUCUGAAGGGCCGGUGCAGAUCGCCGUUCUCUGCGUCCUUUGACCGACCAUCGUCGCUCACGUCAGAACCGUCAAAAUACGCCUGCAUGCAUCCAAUCACACACACCACACACACAAAGAAGAGGGAAAUGAGUCUCCAGUGUGGGCUCUUUUUCAUUCUGUCUGUCUGUCUGUCUGUUGGUUACCCGUCGUCCGUGCGUCAUGCCAGGGCGCCAGAAGGGAGGCUCCGAUGCACCCGCACUCGCUGCUGCUGCUGCUGCUGCCACCGCCGCUACCGGCGGCUCCUCAUCCACCUUGUCCCUGCCGAACUCGGGCGUGCCAAUGUGAGCGAACACGCUGUCGGUGACUGAGGCAACCACACACAAGAGGCACACAGAAUAUGCAUCCCCCUCUGUCUGUCUGUCUGUCUGUCUGUCUGUGUGUGUCGGUCAAUCAGUCGCCCACAUACCAUCGGUUGUGUGUCGUGAUUGUUUGCGUCGAGCAUCCUCGUCAUCUGUCGGACCGUCCGGCAUCGCCCUCUUGUCUUGCGCACUCAACCCGCCCUGGUCAGCCCACAACCCCGAGAACAAACCCAAGCUAUGGCCGCGACGACCGGACCGCUUUACGGCCAGCGGAUCGAGCGACAACACACCAGCACCACCACCAUUGCCGCCCAUGCCCAUACCCACAGCCGUACCGACACCGUUGGGGAUGACCUCUGCCGCAGCGGCAUACGCAGGCCGGUGGUAGCGGAUCCCUGACGACCGACCUGACGUCAAUGACGAGCUAUAGCUGUAUCAGGUUCAAGACACAACGAUGGACAACGAUAAAUUCGUUAACCAAUGGAUUGAAUCUGUCUGUUUUGCUAUUCUCCGUCGUCGAAGCAAGCGAUCGCUCUUCUGAAAGGCAGCAGACAAGGACACCGACGUGGGUUGUCUGGUGUGUGCAGACCAGACUAAGUGAGGUACUUGCCAACCUUCAGAUAAAUGCGUCGAGAAAAGGAGACGGGAACAAAAGAAGAAAUCACCAUUUCAUCUGCACGCACAGACAUGACAGAGGGAGGCAUGUGAGCACACCCAUUGCAGCGAAAAUGCACCAUGCAUUUGGCCCUAUACAUCAGCCAUGCACCACACCAUCACCACAGCCAAGACAGACGCACGAGGCCACACAUGUACUCACCUGAUGCGGUUGGUUUAUGCGAGAAGAAGGUGCG